AUGACUGAUGCAGACCCUCCACCAGAGGCCCAACGCUUUGGUAGAUCUCAGACGCCUGAAUCUCCUCGUCCGGUCCAUAUCCCUGAGCCUUCAACGAUCCCGGUCCUGCUGAACCAGAUGGAUCCGGUUUUCAAUGACACCGAGACCUAUAACAUCCCUCAUAAUCAAACUUUCUCUCCUUACUCAGACUCUGCCCGCGCUAUGAAUGAGAAUGACUCAAACGAUCCCAACUCGGAAGAGCAAGACGUGGUCCAAAAUUUCCUGAGAGGAGCCGAAGAGCAAAACACUCGUCUCGACAACUCUGCCCGGUUUCCCUCCACGAACGGUCAGAUAACCGCGAAUGAUGCCGCCAUCGACGCCAAUCUUGUCUCGGCCCUUGCAAACGCUUCGGCGUAUCCGCAGUCGUCUGAAGCCCAUGCCAAUCCGCCUCAAGGUGCUGCCAGCCAGGUCCAAGAUCCUGCGCAAACGACCACUGAUACUUCGCCAGCCGCUGAUCCCCCUGCCAACCCUGACACCAGCAACACUGCGCAAGCCGAUGGAGAGAGCACGUCUGCGGCAGCGCCCGCCGUAAAGCCCAGCUUUCAAACACAUGAAGGUGGAGUAGACUAUCAGUCGCUUCUGGAUACUAUUUCUAAAUCUGCUUCUACUGCUCCUGCCGCAGACCCUGUCUCUGCCCCAACUACUGCCGCUUCGCUUGCCAACCAAGGAGCCCAAUCAUUGUUUCCCGUUCCAGGUUUACCCCCCAAGCCACCAACUCAAGCACAAUCUUCAGAUUCUCCCGCUGUUCACACGUUUCCUAACUCCAACCACGACCAACUGGGGCCAUAUCAGCAAGUGAGUCCAGACCACGUCAACACCAAUGGCACCGAUCAAUCUGCUCUUGCGCCCCCACAAUUCCAGCCUCCACCCGCCUCGGCGCAAGCCCCCGGCAUGUGGACAUAUUCCGGCGUCCAAGCGUCCCCCACAAGCACCGACCCGACCUCUCCUGCACACUCUCUCCAGGCGCCCGAACAGGGAAAGGGAUUUGAUGGGUAUGAACGCCCUUGGUCUCCCAACACACAAGCACUCUAUGACUCUUUCCUCGAGGAUGAACGGAGGUAUGUGGCGGAAGGGAUUUGGGACAAAUUUCCCCAGGGAUCACGUCUCUUCGUGGGGAACCUGCCCAGUGAGAAGGUCUCUAAGCGGGACAUCUUCUACAUCUUCCACAAACAUGGGAGACUUGCUCAGAUCUCCAUUAAACAGGCGUACGGGUUCGUCCAAUAUCUCGAGGCCUCCUCUUGUCAAGCAGCACUUCAAGCAGAACAAGGCGUGGAAAUCAGAGGAAGGAAGAUUCACCUCGAGAUAUCGAAGCCUCAGAAGAAUUCACGGGGUCAACAAAACCAGCAAGGAAACAAAAGACGCCGAUCUCGAUCACCAGAUCGCGGGACCUCGCGUCAAAGCGACAGAUCUGGGCGUCCUAAUUACAGUGAUUUCCGAGAUGAGCGCGGCAGGCGCGACGAGUAUCGACGCAGCCCUUCGCCUAGAAGCUAUCGGUCCAGGGACGACUAUCGGCAACCUCUCCAAAGUCCUCGUUACGGCACGGGUGGGAGACCGAUUUCGCCGUUUGCCAACAACUACUCCAAUCCCCCCUCGGUAGGUUAUGAUGAGGAAACCACCCUUCCCUUACCCCGAAGAGACCCGCGAGAUGUGCCGGACGUGCAACUCCUCAUCCUGGAACCGUUGGUGGCUCCAAGCUUCAUGAACUGGAUCGAACAAGGCUUUCGCAACAAAGGUCUCCGUGCUUCCACAAUAUGGCUCAGUCCUCGACUACCACUGAACGCUGUCGUGAAACGGCAAAUUAUUGAAGGCGUGCAGGCGGUUGUGAAACUAACGCAGGCCAACCAGUACAACAGCAAGAUCCCCUUGCAGGUUUUUGAUCGGAGUCAAGGGACGUCGAAUGUCAACUUUAACGAAUAUGUCGAUCUCGAUGUCCCCGUUGCUGCCGACAUUGUGCUCCACGCUCGACAAAAGGAACGUGGAGGCGCGCAGCAAAGCCCUCAGUCCUAUCAGUCACAAGGAUAUUCCCAGUAUGGCUAUCCUCCUCCACCAGCACAAUACCCACCAGCACCUUUUCCCCAACACCAUCAGCAACAACAACAACAACAACAACAACCACCCCCACCGCAACAACACAACCAGUAUCAGUACGGCCAGAACGCCCACUACCAUAACCCGGCACAGACGCCGGUGACUCCGACUUCUGCUACAGCCGCGCCAAACCUGCAGCAACUGCUCGCGAAUCUUCGGCAGCCUGGUGACGGGCAGCCCGACAACGCUUCGCACCACAACAACCCCGCCGACUUGGCCGGUCUCUUAACCAACGUUGCUCGUCAACAGCAAGGUCAUGGCGGAGCGCCAUUCCCAUCGCCACACGGCCCUCCACAUCAGCAGCAGCAGCCACAGCAGCAAGGUUAUGCACCUGGCGCACCGGCGUAUGCAGCUGGACAACAGUCCCAACAGAACGUACAGAACAUCAUGGAGACGUUGGCAAGGUACAACAGAUGA